AUGGAGGUAUCCCCGCAGUUUAAUUUCGUGGAUUUGAGUUCCGACGAUCUCAGUGAAGACGACGAUGACCCCGUCGUUAAGAAGAGCAAUGAAGACCUUCAACCAGAGAUAAUCGAGUCCGUCGAAACUCAGAUGGAAGAAAUUCAAAAGCCAACCGAAGAUUCAGGGAUCAUACAUUCCCGCGAGUACCAGCUCGAGAUGUAUGAAGAAAGUCUCAGACGCAACAUCAUCGUUGCGAUGGAGACUGGUACUGGCAAAACCCAAGUUGCUGUCCUCAGAAUUCAAGCCGAGAUUGAAAGAUCAAUUCCUGAUAAACUUGUUUGGUUCUUGGCACCUACGGUGGCUCUCGGUGCACAGCAAACCGGAGUACUCAAAUCUCAGAUCCCAAGCGCCCAGAUCAAAUUUCUUAGUGGUAGCGACGGCGUCGAUACAUGGACCGACGUCCGUACGUGGGAUGACUAUCUGGAAAAUGUUCAUGUUGUCGUCUCGACUCACCAGGUUCUCUUGGAUGCGAUUAGCCACGCAUUCGUGCGUAUUGAUCGGUUAUCCCUCAUAGUCUUCGACGAAGCGCAUAACUGCGUUGGCAAACAUCCCGGGAGCAAGAUCAUGGGUCUAUACCACAAUUACAAAACCGCUGGUCUUCCAAUUCCAGCAAUACUUGGUCUUACGGCAAGUCCCAUCAUGAAGUCGAAACUCGAAGCCCUAGAACUUAUCGAAAAGACACUGGACGCCGUGUGUAGAAGCCCAACCAUAAAUAGGGAUGAGUUGAUGUCUAUAGUAAAACGGCCAGUUAUACACUAUGCUGUUUAUUCUCAGCCGGAUCAACCUCCUUCGACAAGCGCCAUGAGAGCAUUAGGUAAUGUGUAUCACAACUUGGAUAUAUUCGACGACCCUUACAUUCGUCGAUGUACGGAAGAGAACACCGAACGCAGUCGAGCGCAACUCAAGGUUGCUCUAGAGACUAUGGACACGUAUGUCUUCGGGCAGGUGCGGUCUUUAUGGAGCAAAAGCAAGGAGAUUUCAAAAGAGCUGGGACCAUGGGCAGCGGAUUACUUCAUUUCCGUCGCUGUUACUCAAUUCCUUCAGUCUAUUGAGAAGAACGACGAAUUCUUCCGGGAGUGGAGAGUCGAAGAACAACAAUAUCUCGCGAAAGCAUUAAGGAAUAUCAAGCUUCCCACAGUGCCACUAUUCGAUGACGUUUCUCACAUCGGUAUUUCUAGCAAGGUCAGCACCCUCGUUCAUCAGCUUUUGAAUUCGGACGACGGAGCCAUCGGUAUAGUGUUCGUACGUGAAGUCGCCACAGUAGCAGUUCUAGCACACAUGUUAUCAAUCCACUCGUCCAUAAAAAAGCGCUUCCGAAUCGGUACCAUGAUUGGUACGAGCGAGCGGAAUGGUAGAAAAAGAGACCUUAGCACCUUGGGUAAAAUCAAUGGGACGAAGAAUCUUGAUGAAUUUAGGAGUGGCAAAGUCAACCUUCUCAUAGGCACAAAUGUGCUCGAGGAGGGUAUCGAUAUCCUAGCAUGCAAUAUGGUUGUAUGCUUCGACAAACCGGAUAAUAUGAAAGCAUACAUUCAGAGGCGCGGCAGGGCACGCGCGGGAGGCUCCAGGCUCGUCAUGAUGACUGACAAGCCCACGUCUCAGCUCGAUGAAUGGGCCGCGCUUGAAGCUGAAAUGAAGAAGCGUUAUGAGGAUGACAUGAGGCAGGCUCAAGAGCUCUUAAAGCUUGAAGAUUUGGAAGAACCACAAAUUGAUCCUCUCUACAUACCAGAAACCAGAGCCUAUCUUGACUUUGAUCAAGCCAAAUCCCAUUUGGAACACUUUUGCAGGAAAAUUUCAAGCCGACAGUAUAUUGACUCAAAGCCAUAUUAUCUCUUCAAGCGAUCCAGCGAAUCAAGUGAAACUCCACAUAUAUCCGCAACCGUGGUCCUACCAAUGUCAUUACCUGCUGAACUUCGAAGGGUGGAAGGCAAUGGGCUCUGGUAUUCAGAAAAGAACGCUAGUAAAGACGCUGCCUUCAAAGCCUACAAAGCUAUUUACGAGGCUGGACUACUCAAUGAUAACUUAUUACCUCUGAGGGAUGAGUUUCUAAGAGACGUCGAUCCGAGAGCUUCAGAAGUGGAGGUUCAUGAGCGAUGGAACCCCUGGGUACAAGUUGCACGUGCCUGGAAUUGUCAAAGUGUGAUCUACCAACGUCGACUACGAUUGCUAGACGAUCACGAUAAGGUAGUGUGCGAAUUUGACGCAUCGCUGCCCGUAAUCUUCCCGGAGCUACCGGAUAUGGAAAUAUUCUGGACCAAGGAGAAGCCUUGGAAGAUUCAACUCGACGAGACGAAAGCUAUCUUUAUAGGAGACCUCCAAGCCGAUCAAAGCCCGGCCUUGAUUGACCUUGCAUAUAGACAUCGCCAGUUGAAAGUGCGAGACGAUGCACGGAUGGCCCUGCAUCUCCAGUCUACGACAGAAGACAUUCCAUUUCAGCAACUGCUCGGACAGAACCAGAUUAGCAGUGACAGCCAUCUUGACAAUACUAUUCUCAUUCGGGACCCUGGUUCCGUCCCCUGGCUCUUCAAGAAUAUACUUCCCUCUAAUGACCCGGACUUAAAAACGCCGGAGUUUCUUCGUGGGGAGCCGGUUGAUAGCCCAUGGUUGGUUCUAGAGAAAUGGCCGCCGCGCAAGAAUGGUAAUUUUCUUCGUCCUCCAGACCAAGGUUGUACGCCGCCUCUUAGGAAAUUCCACCAAUGGCCUGCGCACCUUUGCCGAACAGACGGGACACAUAUAUCUAACGUCUGCUUUGGCACACUCAUUCCUUCGGUCACGUAUAUUAUAGAGAUCUACUUAGUUGCGUAUGAAUUAUGCAAUACUUUACUAAAAGAUGUGGGAUAUAAAGAUAUCUCGCUGGUUACUACCGCUAUCAGUUCUAAAGGGUCCUCAGGAGUGACCAACUAUGAAAGGAUCGAGUUCCUCGGCGACAAUAUUCUCAAGAUGCUUACAACCGCCACCGUGACAGCUGAACAUCCAACUUACCCAGAAGGCUACUUAGAUGCGAUCAAGACCAGGAUUGUAUCUAACACCAGGCUUUACCGUGCGGCGAUUGAGACAGGUUUGGAUAAGUUCAUCAUCACAAAGAGCUUCAGAAAGAAAUGGCGUCCGCUUUACGUAGACGAAAUUCUCACCGAACCAGGCGAUAAUUACAAACGCAAAAUGUCGACCAAGACCCUCGCCGAUGUAGUAGAAGCAUUAAUCGGAGCAGCAUAUAUCGACGGCGGUAUGGACAAGGCGCUUAAAUGCGUGCAAAUAUUCCUUCCCGAAGUUCAUUGGCACACCUACGAGUCCGCCUGCGCAUUUCUAUUCCAGCAGAGACCCAUGAGCACAGAAGUUGGAACCCUCCUAGCUCCCCUGGAGGAAUUAAUCGGGUAUUCUUUCCGCAACAAGAACCUCCUCGUCGAAGCAGCCACACAUUCGUCAUUCGGCUACGUCAACUCCACGGGAUCAUGCAUGGAGCGUCUAGAAUUCCUCGGCGACGCUGUUCUCGACAGCGUCAUCACAACCAGUAUAUGGAAUUUCGAACGCGAAAUGUCACAACAUGAAAUGCAUCUCCUCCGUGCAGCUUGCGUAAACGCGGAUCUCCUCGGGUUCAUAAGUAUGGAGUGGACUAUUCCACAAGAAACCACGGAAAUCAUAGAUAACAACAACACUAAAUUCACAUACACCAAUGUCCCUUUUUGGAAAUUCAUGCGCCACGUAUCGCGAGAACUCGGCGAUGGGCAGCGGGGAGCUGAGGAACGGUUUAAGUGCGAGAGAGAGCCGAUUUUGGAUGCUAUUUAUAAUGGAUCGGAGUACCCCUGGGUGCAACUUGCGCAUCUCCGUAUUCCAAAGUUCUUUUCUGAUUUCUUCGAGAGCGUGCUUGGUGCUGUGUGGGUUGACUCCGGGGCUUCGACAAUGGAGGCUUGCGCAUACGUUGUUGAACGUGCGGGGAUAUUACCGUAUCUACGCCGCAUGGUUAGCGACAACAUUGAUAUCCUACACCCAAAGAAUCAUCUAGGCAUAUUGGCAGGGAGCCGUCUCGAGAAAGUCGAGUACCAGACCGAGGUUCGCGAUACGGAGAACGGGACGAAGGAGUUGUUCUGUAGAGUCCUAGUUAAUGAGCAGGUUAUUGUGGAGGUCGGCGGUGGUGUUACACCGGAAGAGAUUCAGGUUAAAGCCGCAUAUAGGGCUUGGAAAAAUCUAAUCAAAGAAUACGAAGAAAGGGAUGCAGGAAGGGGAGGGAGCACUGCGGAGACGGAAGUUAUGAACUUACGAUUGGAUGAGUGA